AUGGCUCCUACUCUAACCUCCAACCCGUUCCACCUGACCAGAGCUCCUCAUUCUACCCUCUCCCUUCGGAGCCACAGGUUUGCCGUCUUCGCCAAGAAAUCCGGCGGACCCUUUUCUCCCUUUCAGAUCGGCAAACCAAAAGAGGACAGCUCCGAAGGUGGCGACGACGCGGGAACUGCCGGCUCAGGCAUCCAAAACCCUUUCGCAAACUUCAAGUUCGGCAAGGUACCCGAUGCCAAGUCUUUGAUUCCUGUCGUGAGUAACCCUGCUGCAGCUCUGCAGUUUGGCAACCAGCGACGGAAAGACCCUCGCACCGUCUUCGUUGCUGGCGCCGCCGGCCAGGUUGGUGUUCGAAUUGCUCAGACAUUGCUGCGGGAUGGGUUUAGUGUCAGAGCUGGCGUCCCUGAACUAGACGCGGCUCAGGAGCUGGCUCGUCUCGCGGUCGCUUACAAGAUCAUAUCCAAUGAGGAGUCCAAGCGCUUGAAUGCAGUUCAAUCCACAUUCGACGACACGGAAUCAAUCGCCAAGGCCAUCGGCAACGCCAGCAAAGUGGUGGUGACGAUUGGUCCCUGCGAGAACGGUCCCACGGCCGCGGUGUCCACAUUGGACGCCUGGCAGGUAGUUCAGGCGGCACAGCUUGCCGGGGUCGGCCAUGUUGCCAUCAUCUACGAUGGCAGCGGAGCAGGAGGAGGGUCUACUUACAAUGUGCUGGAUGGCUUCAAGUUAUUCUUCAACAACUUGUUUUCACAGUCUCAGGCGCUGAGCGUGCCGGAGUUUCUGCAGAAGGUGGUUAUCGAGACAGAAGUCAGCUACACUUUCAUAAACACGAGCUUGACCGAUGAUUUCAAGCCGGAGAGUUCUUACAAUGUGGUUGUGUCGCCAGAAGGAAGCUUGGGUCCAGACGACUUCAAAGUAAUGUAAUGUAUGCUGCGGAUGGUUUCUGGUUUCAGUUUUCUGUGAAAGUUUGAAGUCUAUUCUUUUCCCUGACUGCAAAAGUGUCGAAAAACUCUGCAAAUUUGUUUGGUUGAAUGUAGUUGGGAGGGUAAAAUUAACAAUUGCAUGCAAUUGUACAUAUAUUACCGUUUUUUGUUGACACUUUUGAUGUAUUUGAUAUGAUCAGGUAGCCAAGUCGAAGAUAGCAACACUGGUGGCCGAUGUGUUCUCAAACACUGCAGUAGCAGAAAACAAGGUGGUGGAUGUUUUCACGAAUCCAUCAGCACCUUUGAAGUCUGUGGAUGAGCUUUUCAGUGCCAUUCCCGAAGAUGGGAGAAGGAAAGCGUACGCCGAGGGUCUUCAAAAGGUGAAAGCCGAGGAAGAGGCAAAAAGUGCAGUUGAGAAAGCUCGUGAAGCAGCGGUGAAGGCCCAGAAGCUUGAAGAAGAAGUAAAGAAGCUGUCGGAUCAAGAAGCUCAAGCCAGUAGCUUAGCAGAGCAAGCACAGAAGAAAGCCGAAGCUGCAGGGGUUUCAGUGGAGGACGUGAUGGGCAAGGCUAAACGGUUCACUGCAGGGUUCUCAUGGGAGAAACUGAGCUCCCAAAUCUCGGAUGCAGUUCAGACUGCCGGCGUGGAGAUCCCCAAAGUGCAGGUUGCUACCACUAGGGGACAGGCAAAGGCUCGUUCUUUGCCCACCCAGAAAGCUGUGGUCAAACAAUCUGCUCCUAAACCGAAACCAAAGCCGGCUGCGGCGGCAAAGAAGAACCCACAAGCUGGCGAGACCAAACAGACCGAGGACAAGAAAGAAGUGAGGAAGAUCUUUGGCGGGCUGUUUCAGCAAGAGACUAUCUAUGUCGAGGACUGAUGAGGCGCGACAUGAUCGUAUAUAUAUAUAGACAUCUAUAUAUUUUCUGUUUUAGAUACUGCAAUUUUCUCGUAAUGCUACAUCUCAUGUUUCAAUCAUUUGUUUUCUGAAAGUUUGUAAUUGAUGUGAACUAUAACUUGGAAAGAAAAUUUAGCUUGGUAGCAUAACACUUCUACUAAAGGUAGCAACAGGGCCGGGUAAUCCUCACUUCUUGGGUCGAUCAUUACUUGGUUGAAUGUACGUGUAGAUGUAAUUUCUGAGCAUCUCAAAGGUUGUCGGAGGUCUGCCACAAGUUCUUCUAGAGUAUCACUCAUUCACUCUUAACGAGAAUCUGCCAAAUGUUCCUAUAGAAUAUCGCCCUUAAUGAAGAUGUCAUCCACGCAAGCCUCCACUUUUCCCUCAUAAACUAGCAAUCCAAGAAGCAACAAACAGUCUCAAGGUACUUAGCAGAAGCAAAAUACAAGGCUAUGGCAUACACCUCUAAAGAGCUUCAAUGGAUAAAUCCCUUGUUCCAACAACUCCUUCUAUGGUUAGUAAAUAUUCUGUUUAAUACACGUAUAUGUACCCGUGUAUACUUUAUCCGUUUAAAACUUUCAUAUCCGUUUUAUUGUCAAGCCGUUUCAUUUCCCCGUUCAUUUGAUGACUCCCGUACUAAACACGUAUAAAACCCGUACAACACGUUUAUUAGCCGUAUUUUAUGAAUUAAAUUAUUAACUUUACUAUUUGUUUCACCCUAGAAAGUACUCCAGUGCUUAACAUGAUAAUAAAUG